UAGAAUCGAUAACAGUGGUAUGUUAUCAUUAAGCACAUGUAGUUAACAUAUUGAUAUAGAAUUCGGGUGAUUUGUUUAUUAGAUAAAUAAUUAUAAAAAUAGUUUUAAAUCUAUAAUUGCCGAGAAUGAAAGUCAAAGGAAAAAAGCAGUUUGGGACAACCAUGGGAGCGCAGACUGAUAGAGAAAUCCAAGAAUUGAAACAAAAAUAUGAAUCGCUGCCACUUGAAGAUGAAAUCAAAAAAUUUGUGGACAUGCCUCUGACGCAAAAAACAUUAAAAGGAUUAUUGGACUCCAAAUACGUUGCUCCAACAGAAAUUCAAAGGAAAAGUAUAUUGACAGCAUUAAUUGGAAAGGAUGUAAUGGGUACUGCAAUUACUGGAAGUGGGAAAACACUUGCCUUCUUGAUACCGGUUAUCGAACACUUGUACAUGAACAAAUGGUCACGUACAGAUGGAGUAUGCGCGAUUGUUAUUUCUCCUACGCGUGAACUGGCUUAUCAAAUAUUUGAGACUCUAAAACGUAUAGGAAGAUAUCAUGAUUUCUCGGCUGGUCUGAUAAUUGGUGGAAAGAACUUAAAGUUCGAACGAAGGAGAAUGGAUCAAUGCAAUAUAUUGAUAUGUACACCUGGCAGACUGCUGCAACAUAUGGAUGAAAAUCCAUUGUUUAAUGCUAGUACCAUUGAAAUGUUGGUAUUAGACGAAGCUGAUAGAUGCCUGGAUAUGGGAUUUGAAGAAACUCUUAAUGCUAUUGUCGAACAUUUUCCAAUUGAUCGUCAAACUUUAUUAUUUUCUGCCACACAAACAAAUUCCGUAAAAGACAUUGCAAGACUCAAUUUGCGGGAUCCAAUUUUUAUUGGAGAAAAGACAAAAUCUGAAGACGUUAUACCAGAGUUGUUGCAGCAAAAUUACGUUGUGAUGGAGUUGGAGGAUAAAAUUACAAUGCUAUGGUCAUUUAUAAAAAAUCAUCUCAAACAAAAAAUUAUAGUAUUUUUUACCAGUUGCAAACAAGUGAAAUACGUUUUCGAAAUUUUCUGCAAACUUCGACCAGGUACAAGUUUGCUCGCACUUUACGGAACACUACAUCAAGACCGAAGAAUUGCAAUAUAUAACGAUUUUACACGAAAAAGCAACGUCGUGCUAUUUGCCACUGAUAUCGCAUCCCGAGGUCUAGAUUUUCCAACAGUAAAUUGGGUUGUUCAAAUGGAUUGCCCAGAAGAUGCCGUUCAAUAUAUUCAUAGAGCAGGAAGAACGGCUAGAAACAAAGCACGUGGCGAAAGUCUUUUGGUCCUAACACCAACUGAAGAACAAGGUAUGAUAAAGGAAUUGGAGGACAAGAAUAUACAUAUUAAAAAAAUACAUAUUGAUCCGAAAAAGCUGUUUUCGCCCCGACUGAAGAUAGAAGCCGCAUUAGCCCAAAAUACCGAACUGAAGGCUUCAGCACAACGAGCUUUUGUAUCGUAUGUUAAAUCCAUAUUCCUAAUGAAGAAUAAAGACAUUUUUAAUGCAUUCAAACUAAAUCUUGAAAACUACGCCAAAUCACUUGGACUGGUUGUUACACCACGUGUUCGGUUUUUGGAGCGUUUAUUAAAGAAAAAAGGUUCAGAGACGAAAAUGGUAACGGAAUCAAAUGAUUUUGAGCACGAAGAUUCAGACAACGAUGAGGAUUUCCUUAAAGUCAAACGAGUCGACCAUGAUCUGGGUAACAAUGUGGAAGAAGUUACUUUGGAACUGCCCAAGAAGAAUAAAGUCCUAACAAAAGCUGCGGCAGCCAAAAUAGCAAUAAGAAAAAAAUUAACACCAAAUGAAAAAGUGAAUUUCGACGAAGACGGGAACGUCAUAGUUGAUAAAAGAAAAGAAAUACAAUCUGAGGUUCCCGAAGAAUAUGAAAACAAAGAUGGUGGCAUAAAUAUAGAGAUAGCGAAGAAAGUUCUAUCACAAGAAGAUAAAUACGACAAAGAACGAUUUAGACAACUUGUUAAACAACGCCACAAACUGCAAAAAGACAAAUUGAAAGAACUUGCAGAAGCCAAUUUACAAAGUAAUACCGCUGACAGUGAAAGCGAUGACGACGUCGAUUUAUCUUGGCUGCCGGAUCCGGAUCUAAUAUAUAAUGCGGAUCGUAAGACAGAAGAAAACGUAACAUCAGAAAUGAAUUCAAGUGAUGACAUGGAAGAGCCAACUAGUAAAAAAGCGAAAUUGACUUCCAAACUCACUUUGAAUGAUGCCGAAUCAAUCGCUGCACAGCUUUUAGCAAAUAAAGUAUAAUUGAUAUAGAAAUUGUUCAUCUUGUGUUUUCUGUAUAUAAUUUAAUUUUAUUUCACCUACACAUAAGUUAUUGAAUAAAAAUUGAGUUUUGUUAUUCACUGCUGUACAAUAUAAGUACAACGAAAUUAAAAGAAUAAAACUACGAUGUUUCUUAAAAAUUUAUUAGAA